UGUGGAGGAAAUGAAAUGAGGUUUAUUGGCCAAAACACAAUCUUUGUACAUUGUUUAGUACAUGUAUUACUAGUAGUGUUGGUGGAGGCUGUCUUUAUCAUUUCCACAUUGUCGCCCUUGGGCUGGCUGAGAAUGAGUAUCUCGGCUUCUCUUGGCAACUUUGGAUAACCUACUGAUAUUGGGUGCUUGUUUGUUGUUCCUCUCUCACCACAAGAUGAAAUCAUCAUCAUAUGAAGCUGUAGCUUCCUGUGUUGGGGUGGUGAUACUGGGUAUCACAGAAAAAAUGUAUAAACUCAGUGUUGCAGGCCUCUAAAAUCAAUAAACCUACUGGUCAUGUUCUGGUAGAAGUCAGUGAUGUGCAUAUGCUGUAUUGCGGGCCUAUGUCACAGCUGCUGGUUGAGUACAUUCUUGCUGUAUCACCAGUGGCGUAGGCCCUACGUAUGGGAUCAUUUACUCUACAUAUGAUUAAUCGAACUCUGAUGUGGAAUUUGCCAGACCUGUUUCAUGUACUUGAUGGAGUCAAGAAUUUGAGUCAGGUUGCUCAGGGACAGGGUGGAUUGGAAGAAUUCAUGCUCUCACUUAAAUUUCCUUUUCUGGAUUACAGUUUUGGAUAUGAUUUCAACUUAUUGAUUCCAUGUGAUGAGUAUAAAAAGUCAUGAAGAUUCUAUGUGAGCAGUGUCCCUGACCAAGGAAAGGAUUUCCACCAGAAUGGCGGAUCCGCGGGAUUUCCCAUACCAGUGUCCAACAUGUGGGCAGAACAAACGAUUCCUAACUUUAGUGGGACUAUGGUCUCAUUUGGAGAACAAGCAUCCGAAACAUGGACAUAAUUUGGAUACCUUGGACACGCAAAAAGCGUGUAAAUCUGGCGAACAAAAUGGGCGGACACCUACGCAACAAAGUAGCCCAACCGCUCAAUUUAUGCACCGUCACCCAAUGGCGGAUAAAAGGUUAAAUCGAUUAAGUCGUGAAGGUCGUGAAUUAGAUCGUCAGUUAGUGGAAGCCAAGGAAAAGGAACGAAAUCACAAGUACAGUAGUUUAGAUUACCGUUCACCCACAAAGUCAGUAUUCAGCCCUCGGGCAAACAACUUUGAUACGCACUCUUUAAAAGAUGUCCCAGUUUCACGCAACAAUAUCUCGCAACAUUCACGUACGCGUAGCAGCGACGAUUUAUUAGACCAUCACGACUCGACUGACAAUAUCAACGUGUAUGCUGAAAUGUUCAAUGAUGACGUCUUCACGCCUCCAGGUUCACCUAAUCCUCAAUAUCAACGCGUAAACCUCUCUGGAUCUUACAAUAACUUGUCGACAGCCCAGGGUAGCCCAAAUUAUGACGAGGUCUUAGAAUUGGUGGAAAGAUUAAAAGGUGAUUUGCAUGUGAAGGAAUUACGGUUGCAUCGGGCUAAUAAUGAGUUGGAGGAUCUUGCAAUGGAGCGUAGGAAGACGCAGCAUGAGAUUAUUGCCAUGUCGAAGGAGAAGGAUACGAAUCAGGGAACCCUGGAUCAGAUGAGGAAGGAUUUGGACGAGAAGGAUAGCAUUAUUAGGGAGAAAGAGAAGGAGGUCAUAAAUCUAACGCAGUUCUUAAGAAACACUGCAGAGAAGGAAGCCACUGCUCGGGCACAGCUUGAAGAAUUCAUCAACGGCCUGAUAAAUCGGGCAGAGCGGGCAGAAAAUGAACUGAGCACGUUACGGCGGCCACAGGGACACUACAGCUCAUUACAGCCCCAACCGUCGGCGGGCAGUCCCAUGGGAAUGGAUUACACUUCGCCGGGUGCCUCACAUGCCUCUCAAACGAUGGGCAAUAACCUCCAUCCCGUUGAGCGCGGCCUCGUGACGGGCAGACGAGUUGAUGGAAAUCAUCAGAUAGAAGAUCAGAUUGUUCCAGUUAACCUCCAGAGAAAUUUUAAGUCUCCAUCUCCUCAACAUCUUCGAUCUUCUAUGGAUGACCUAAGUUCAGAUUUCUUAGAACCUAGUUUCAGAGAUGAUAGUCAACAGCCUGUAUAUCCAGGAAAAAAUAAGCCAUUCAGCUGCAGUGACUCCGGUGUCGGAUCAAGUAUCCCAAGCUACAAGACUCAUGCUGAAAGUCCAAAAAAAGGCCCAAAGAUCUCUUCCACUGAUUUUGCCACCCUACAAGAGAAGGAAAAACAGUUAAAGGAGGAGUUGAAUAAAGUGCGUGAAAUGCAGCGGAACUGUCGGCGAAAACGGAUGAGAAGUGCCACAUCUACGAUGACAGAGCCCUCUAUUGACUAUAGUUCUGACAGCAUGACGAAUGUGACAGACGAUACAGACCCUGAUUACAGCUUGGAGGAGAGUCUGGGUUCGCUGCAGCGGCAAAUGGAGACAGAUCGGCCGAGGACUGGAACGAGAAAGAAGAGCCAGAAGAGUCGUGAAGAGGGGUUUAGGUCCUUAGGCAAGUCACCAAAAUGGCCACAGCAGCCGACGCCCGUCUACACCCAGGCCGAGGUUGAUAAACGUCGACGGGAUGUCCUGUUUGGAGUCUUCAUGUUUCUCGAUACAAUCAAUCUCUCCAAGGUGGCACUGGUCUGCAAAGAAUGGCGAAACAUCAGUCGACAUCCUGCUCUCUGGCGAAAUGUCCGGCUUGGAAAAUCAAAGAUAUCUGCUAAGUAUUUGGUUACCCUGUCAAAAUGGGCAACCCAGGUUCGGUGCUUGACUUUAAUGGGCCUUAAACCACGAUCAAAGAAACCACAAGAAACUAUGGAGGACUAUAUCAGACAGAUAAGAGGGAGCCUUGAAAGUGGUAUUGAGCAAUUACUACGAGCGAAUGCUGCGUCUUUAGUCACAUUGAAGUUGGUCGACUGUAGGAACCUCCUCACUGACAGAACCCUAUGGAUGGCAAGCUGUCACUGUCGCAAGCUCAAGCAGGUUGUUUACAUCAGUGAGACCGAUCCUGCUUGUGCCGAGGUGCUGUGGAGUUUAGGCAGUGGUUGUAAGGAAAUCAAAGAUCUAAUUGUGCCGCCUAUCUACCCGAAUGAGAAAGCUCUUGUUUUCAACGAUGCUUGCUGUGAAACCAUUGGACGGAUGUGGCCACUGCUUCAUAUCCUGUGUAUAGGUGGCACUGCUAUCACUGGCCACGGCCUGGUGGCAAUUGCGAGCCAGUGUGCCCGUCUCCAGAUCUUAGAGCUGGACCACAUGGGAGAGAUGACUGAACACAUUGCUCAAGCCAUGUGCAAGGCUGGACUCCGUGGGCUCGAGGUCCUCGAUUUUACAUUCACCAGAGUCACCCCUGAGGCUUUAACACAAUUCAACAGUUCUUGUUCACGUCUACGCUCAAUUUCUGUCCAUAUCGGUAUCUCGGAUUAUUUUCAUGAGAAAGGGAAAGCGGAGAAUAUUCAGCAGUACGAACAGAUCGUCAAGAAAUUCAAGGCUCUGCGAGACCAACCAGCUUUCAAUGGAGUCCUGACUGUCCAGACAGAUUAUGGCUAAUAUCGAUAAGAUGGUGCUGAAAUUAGGAUUCAUACUUCUAGUCUUCCUGUUGUGUAUGCUCAAUGAUUAUUGAAGUUCGCCUUUGAUAAUGUGUCAAAUGGACAGCUCUGCGGAGCCUGUCUAAAUGAUGUCAUCGCAGAAAAAUCUGCCAUCUUGAUGGUCAGAUUGACGUCUGCUUACUUCUUUUGUUGAUGUCAGCAUGCCAGAAUGACAGUCAACAGGGACGUCAUUGCACAAGCUUUAACUUUGAGAACGGUCUUUGCAUCAAAAGACCUUCUUUAAAGUUAAAUCCUGUCCUUAAACUGUUUGAUAUAGGAUCAGGCUGCGAAGGUUGUUUCACCUUUGUUGCCAGAUAUUCAUGAUUAUACUGUGUAAAUGAUUGUAAGAUACGCAUUUAUUGAUCUUGGUGUUUGACUUUACUUGUCCUACAUGAUGUUAUAGUAGUUACAUCCAUUGUCACUUGUACAAUGGUACAGUCAAUGUAAUAUCAAUGAAGUAAUUUAGCCAGUUUGACCCCCUAGCUUCUGUCUAGAGCCCCCUAUCAGAUAUAUAUUUUGUUGCUGUACUUGGACUACAUGUAUCUAUUGAUGAUUGUAUUUGGUUAUAAAUAUUUUUUGGGGGCUAUAUUCAAUUUUUUGGAUUGCAAUAAUUGUAUGUACCAUAUAUAUGGGCUGUGAUGGUGUUGGGAAUUUUAUAUUAUUUCUAUAUUUUUUAUUAUUGUUUGAAAAACAUUUACAUAAUGGUGGUUAUUGGAUAUCAUAGAUAGUAAAUGUAUUCAUAAUAUCUUUGCCUUGUGCUGGUUGGUAAACUAGUCACUUUAUUUUGUUAUUUCAACUGCUCAAACUUAAGCGCUGAAGGUAUUUUUUGAUUCCAAUAAUGUGUUUCCAUGAUUGGCCAAAAGGGUUUUGAUUGUGACUGCCAUAUUUAUACAUACAUGUAGAUGAACAGGCCUUUCAGUAACUCUAAACACCACAUACUGUUGGUAUACUGUAAAACUGUGAAUAUACUGUAAAACUGGAGGUUUUUUUUAAAGUGUAAUAUCCGUCCUACUAUUACUAUACUUAUAAUAAGUUUCUAUCGAGAAAUGUACUGGUAGGCCGGUCAGAUUGGUAUCAUUACUUCUGGCAUAACAUUCCUUUCUUGUGACCAGUUUAAAUCUUAGAUCAAGUCAUUUGCCUCAUCUAAUUUUAAAACAAGCAUUGCUCUGUGCAACAUGUGUGUAAUUUCAUCAGGGUAUCACUGACUCACUCUCCUGCUACUUGAUAUUACUAUGUCAACUAUGCCACCACAUUAUUGAUUCGAGAUCACACUUGAUACCUCCUGAGGACAUCGGGGGCUAAUGUUCGCUUCCCCGGUCCUGCACUGAACAUUAACCCCUGAUUUCCUCAGGAUGGCUUGAUACAUUUGCUGUGUACUCCAGUCAAUGCUUGAGAAAGGAAACAGGAUAAAAAACAUGUCAAUUACUUUAUGGAAUAUUAUAAUUCUGCUGAAUGUAGUCAUAUCAACAUGAGAAUUGUCUUCCCUUUUGGUGUUUGAAUUAAAUCUAUUCACAA